UUCAAAAUGGCGAUGGACAGCUCAUCCACGUCCCCACCAACGCUGUCCUACCAAAAUGUUGGGGAUUAUUAUCCCAGAAAGCUGGGUCCCAAGCCCGACGUGGUUCCGUCGGGGGUGACCGAGAGAAAAGUCGGUCCCCUCGAUAAACCUGACAUGGUGGCGGUGGACGUCAUUAACAUCAAAGAACCAGAUUUUCCUGUGCACCAUAAAAAACGAGAAACGGAUACCUACGUAUUGGGUACGAUUCACCCCUUCCGGAAGACCCAGAGGUCCUUCUUUGGAAAGUUCUCCCAGGAGUUCCUCCUGGUGGCUUCAGACAGGCGGUCCUGGAGGAUCCUGCUCUUUGGGGGUCUCAACAUGAUCUGCACAGGCUGCCUCCUGAUGUGGUGCAGCUCCACCAAUAGCAUGGCCUUAACAGCUUACAGCUACCUCACCAUCUUCGAUCUGUUCAGUUUGAUCACUUGCCUUAUAAGCACCUGGGUGACCAUGAAGAAGCCGUCAGCGGCCUACUCUUUUGGGUUCGAGAGGUUUGAGGUCUUGGCCGUCUUCGCCGCCACCAUACUGGUCCAGCUGGGGGCGCUCUUCAUCCUGAAGGAAAGUGUGGAGAGGUUUAUGGAGCAGCCAGAGGUCCACACGGGGCGCCUGCUGGUCGGGACAUUUGUUGCUCUCCUCUUUAACUUGCUGACCCUGCUGUCUGUGAAGAAUAAGCCCUUUGCGUACGUCUCGGAAGCUGCCAGCACCAGUUGGCUCCAGGAGCACGUGGCGGACCUGAGCCGUAGCCUCUGCGGGGUCAUUCCAGGCCUGAGCAGCGUUCUCUUGCCGCGGAUGAACCCUUUCUUCCUGAUCAACAUCGCCGGGGCCCUGUCUCUCUGCAUCACGUACAUGCUCAUCGAAAUCAACAAUUACCACGCCGUGGACACGGCCUCGGCUGUCGCCAUAGCGCUGAUGACCUUUGGCACCAUGUACCCGAUGAGCGUGUACAGCGGGAAGGUGCUGCUGCAGACCACGCCCUCACAUGUGAUUGGCCAGCUGGAUAAACUCCUCCGAGAGGUCUCCACUCUGGAUGGGGUGCUGGAGGUCAGGAAUGAGCACUUCUGGACCAUCGGCUUUGGCUCUCUGGCUGGCUCCGUCCACGUCCGAAUUCGCAGGGAUGCCAACGAGCAGAUGGUGCUGGCCCACGUGACCAAUCGUCUCUACACCCUGGUCUCCACACUGACGGUUCAGAUUUUCAAGGAUGACUGGAUCCGGCCCUCCCUGGCAACUGGAGUCCUUUCAGCUGGCGUGCUGAGCCCCCCAGACUACGGCGUCCCGUCCCCCCCCUCCAAACCCGCCGAGGAGCUGGACCCCCUCACCUCUACCCCGGCCAAGUCUGGCAGCCCGCCACCUGAGUUCUCCUUCAACACGCCGGGAAGGAACAUCAACCCCCUGCUGCUGCCCAGCGCGCAGCCCCAGAGGCCUUACAGCCUGGGGCUCGGGUACGGGGCUUCCCCAUACAGCAGUGCGUUCAGCCAGGCCUGGCCUAGGCCAACCGGUGGGCCGGGCUUGGGCCUAGGAGCAGGCGUCGGUAUGCCGUCAGCACAGGGCUUCAGAACUGCCUUUGGCACUGCGCCACACAGAUAUGGAACGCACAUGGCCCCACAACAGUUUGGCCAGUACCGGUCCUGAACUUAGAGAGGAAUCGAGAGAUAGAAGAUAAUAUGGUAUUUAUUCUGAUGGGACCAGGACUUCCACUCUUACGGUUUUUAUGUUUUUUUUUUUUUUGUACAAGCAUUAUUUCAAAACUGUAUAUAUCUGUAUAUGCGUAUAUAUAGAUAUAUACAUACACCCACACGUAAACACACUCACUCACACAUGCGCAUCAUUCUCUGCCAAGUGUACAAAGUUGGUAGGUCUGUCUGUCUCAGUUUUUGCUUAAAAAAAUUCACAGGGUGUUUUUGAAGAUACUGGACUCUUCAUCAUUUAUUUUAGAAAGUAUCCCAUUCGAGUUGUGACCUGGCAGAAAUGGACAAAGCUAAUUUUUUUUUUUUUUUUCCAGGAUAUGAGAUUCUGAGAUCAAGGUCUUACCAAAUACUAAGCAUAGAAUGGUGUGUCUCUGUAGUGGAGGGGUACAUAUUGAAUUAUUACUAUAAACUUGUUCUUUUAAAAAAUCGUUUCUCUGUGCUUGCCCGCCCUUGGCAUAUUGAGUGUCCUAAAAUAAUAUUCAGCAAAUCAUAUUUUGGUCAAAGAAAGAGCAUGGAAACCUGUCCUCUGUGUAAAAGUAUUAUCACUUGAGCUCCUAGGCAGCUCUGUAGGUGCUUCAGGCAGUGUUCACUCACAGCACAGUGUCAAGACCACAUGGUUUCCUACCCUAAAACCUGCUUCUCAGAAGGACGGCGUGACAUCACAGUAACAUUGCAUUGUACCUGUGACCUCACAGUAGCUUGCCAGAAUGUACUGGCAUCUCAAAAGUGGGAAAGAAGUCUGCAAAUACCAGUGUCUAAGUAGUGUAAUUACCGGCAAACCGCAGUGCCAGAGCAUUGCUAAGGUGGACUGCUAAUCCUAUUGAAGGAUAAUUGAUUUCUUUGGCUACAGUCCAAGUCUCAUUGAGAGCAAAAUACAAUAAGCAGUUUAGAUGAUUUAAAAACAAUAUCUGUUGAUUGGGACACGCUGCAUGGAUGGUGUUUCAGCACUGCUGCUCUGUCCUUGCUGAAGUUAUUGAUUCAGUCCUCAAUAGUGUAAAGUCUUCCUCCACGGCACAGAGUCUAGAUAAUCAGAUGGUAUAACUCUCUGAUUUUCCCUCACAGUAAAUGUGAGGCAGUGUGCUGGUCCGGUGUGGGUUUGUGUGUUGCACGUAAAAGAUGGACUUCUUCUCUGGACUUCAGAACCACUGAUGCUUUCCACAGGGACUUUGACAAGCUCUUAAACACACAUCAGGCCUGUGAAGAGGCUUUCCACCAGGGUGGGUUAAAACUGACACCCCAGAUAUUCACUGC